AUUAUUGCAGCGCGUCAUCUUGCAUCUUCCUCUGUAACACUAACAGGUGAAAUCCCAAAGGGCGGCGCUAGGGUCAGGGUCAGCACAUGUUGCACAUGGACCUUCGAUCGUCGCUUGAUGUUGGCUCGUGGAUUCAUCUACCUACUUGUUAAGUAGCAUCAUUUUCACUUCCCUCACGACGACGACUUCUUGAAUCUUAUUUGUCUACCUUUAUUUUUAUGAUUUUUUAUUUUUGGUGCGGCAAGAGAAGAAAAGUUAAAGUAGAGGCACCGACCAACCGCCAAGAUCUUCGCUCUGAUAUGUAGGACGGCACCAUCAACAUCAACAUGCGCAGACUCUUUCUUCCAUUGUUCCGACGUCCGUCUCAGUUCUCUCGUCGUCUACUGCCUGUUUGCUUUUACUAGGCAGCAUGUGGGUUGCUGGAGUGAACACUCGUCGUCCAGUAGAGUUGUUCUUGUAUUUUCGGCGCAGCUGUCUUCACGCAACGAGGAGAGCUGCAACUACUUCCGCGGUAAUAUUGGGACCUUUGCCGCAGAGAAUUACAACGCAAGCUUUGACGUUUCACAGGUUCGCGCCCUCAUCUACUCCAGCACGGUUUUUUUCGCACCACGUGUCUGGCACCAUAGGUCGUGCAGCUAGAAACGCGAGGGCUAGCUACGGUGGAACAAUAUUAAACACAUCUACCUCGUUCUUCAAGCAAAGUCUGACUCUGGGCCAUCUCCGUGGUGCUCUUCUGAGGCCAAGCAUUGGCCGAACAACAAGUAGCCCGCCCGCGAGGGCCCGGGGCAUCGCGUCGCAAGCGUACUUGUUUGUUAAGACACGUCUGGUGCCAAAUCUGUUCUACUUCCAGCGACACGGGUGCGGCGCGAGGAGCCGUCGCUUCUUCACUGGUUCAGGUUCUUUCCGCAGUUCUACUUCGCCUAGUGCUGCGUCGGGACGAACAACAGCAAGCGCGAAGAGGAGCUUUACGCGCAUGACGAUCCCUUGUCGGAACGGGGACCAGCAGGAGCAGCUCUCCCUUUGUGAGCGGUUCUGGGCCUGGACUACCAAAGCCGAACCGGAGAGGGCGCGCUGGUCACAAGACUGGUGGUUGGAUGGACUCCUGAAAUGCACCGUCUUUGCAGUAUUUCUAUUCCUUCUUGUUGAAGAAGGGCUUGAAAAAUGUGAAAAUAAUUAGUACAGGAUGUUGUAGUUGCUCUAGCAUUCCUCGGUACAUGUUGCCCAUGCGGCUAGCAGAAUGAUAUAGCUUUUGAAUCAACAAAGCGAAAUCACACCACCUCAUAAAAAACUUACAUGAUCUCGCAUCAGAUCACCGGCACGUCUAGCGUGACCCUUGUCCGACCCGCGUUGGCCAAGGUGGGCCUCGUCGGAUCGCUGAAGGACGGCCCGAAUAGCUACCGCGUGCUGAGCAUCUUUCUGGUGUCGCCCGUCUACACGCUGAUCCUCCUCACGGUUGGGACCCUUGCCGGCCGACACACGUACUUUGCCAAGAUGGCGCAAAAGAUGUGGCGCCGGUUUCUCCCGGCGAGGUGGGUCGACAAAAUGCUGUGUCCUCCCGCUUGUGUGCUCAAGAAGACUAUGAUCUGCAAAAGUAUCGUACUCGUAAUAUAAAUGCAUUACAAUGCUAAUGCAUGACUGCAAUACGAGUGCGAUACUUUUGCACAGGAUAAAGACUGGCGCUCCGCCGGGACCUGCUGGUGGAGCAGGAGGAGGUGGCGGCAGGGCUACGACAACGAGUGUUGCAAGUGGUGCCGGACCACGAGGGUCUGGUGCUCUGGCAGACAAAAUCAAGUAAAGAUUGUGAGCAGCAUGCGCACGUCGCGAGGACGGAACGAUGAUCGUCAUGAUGAUGAUUGAAUGAAAUUGAAAUUG